AAAUACAGCAACAAUUGCAUUUUUACCAAAGCCAAUCAACGGCACGCUAAAAUUGACUGUUACUUUUAGCAGCAGCAGCAGCGGGCAACGUGAAUACGCCUGGCAGCAACAACAACAACAACAAGAAAAAAGCCCAGAAAAAGCAUAAGGUUAUCGAAUAGAAGGAACGUCCGCAAGAAAUUUUAUUGCUGCCGCUAAAAACAAUCUGUGCCCAAUACAAACACACACAUAGAUGUUAAAGUUUGUGCUGCACGACGCCAUUGGCUACGUGCGCAACAAUGUGCGUGAGUUCAGUCUCAAUGCGAUCCGCCUGCUGCCCCAACUGCCCCAGUUGAGUCCCUACGAUGUGAAUAUUGCGCUGAGGGAGAACGAGUUUGUUUACAAAUUCCCCGCGGAGGGCGUUAUACACAGCUACGAAACAAAUCAGCUCGGCUCCAAUUCCCCCUGCGAGGACACACGGACCGAGGCGAGUUUGCUCUAUCGGAACGGCUUCAUGUGCGGCGUCUUCGAUGGACAUGCGGGCGCCGCAUGCGGUCAGGUCGUCUCCAAACGACUCUUGCGUUACAUUUCGGCGGGCACAUUGCCGCGCCAGGUGCUCCGGGAACAGAUGAAACAGGGCAAUUGCAGCAGCCAGUCAUUUCUCAAAUGUCACAACGACAAGGUGGACUUUGUCAGCGAGAUUCGGCCCAUCUAUGAGAAGAGCUUCCAGCGCUAUGUGAACCAGCUGGUCGCCGAGCCGCAACGCGAUGUAGCCAGCGAAUUGGAGCAUGCGUUCCUCCACCUGGACAAUGAUUUGGCCCAAGAGGCACUGACCACCAACGAUGUGCGCACCAUGGGCGUCGCUCUGUCCGGCGCCGUUGCCUGUUUGGUGCAUGUGGAGGGGCUGCAGUUGCAUGUGGCCAGCACUGGUGAUUGUGGCGCCGUAUUGGGUAUCUUGGAUCCGCAAACGAAUCAAUGGCAUCCCAAGAAAUUGAACAUCGAGCACAAUGCGGAAAAUAUGCAGGAGGUCGAUCGCAUUCUCGACGAGCAUCCGCGCGAGGAGCGUGAAACUGUUAUACGCAAUGGUCGCCUGCUCAGCCAGUUGAUGCCGUUGCGUGCCUUUGGCGAUUUCCGCUACAAAUGGCCAUUGGAUACACUGCAACAGAAGGUGGUGCCGAUGUUCGGGGAGCAGGUGCUGCCACCAAAUUAUUAUACACCGCCGUACCUCACCGCCAAGCCCGAUGUGCAGCAACACGAGCUGGGCGUCAACGAUAAGUUUCUAGUCAUUGCCAGCGAUGGCCUCUGGGACUUCCUAACGCCCAGUGAGGUCGUCAGCCUUGUGGGCGAGCACAUUAAUUCGAAAAAAAUAUUGGAGCCAAUGCGCUUGCCGCCCGGGGACGUUAAAUUACAGCAAAUCUCGGACCAGCUGGCGGAGCGCAAAGCUGGACUCACACGCAAACCCGUUGAUCAGAAUGCGGCGACGCAUCUAAUACGCCAUGCGCUGGGCGCCACAGAUUAUGGCAUUGAGCACUCGAAGAUCUCGUAUUAUUUGACGCUGCCACAGGAUGUGGUGCGUCUGUAUCGGGACGAUAUCACCAUUACCGUCAUCUACUUCAAUUCGAAGCAUAUUGCUCAGCUCAGGGGCGAAACGCAUCGGGACCAAGCUGAGCCACAGCCAACUGCAGCGUGAUUUCGCAGAUUGGGAGUUGCUGUUGGAGCGUAAUCAGUCAGUCCACUGAGUGGCCGGCCAUCUAGCUAUUGAGACUGCUGGACAUGCAACGAAGCUAGAUGUAAAUGAUGUGUAUUUAUUAUUUGGCCAGCGUUAAUCCUCAAAUCUCAGUUGGUUUUUUUUCCGUUAAAGUUUUGUUUACAAUUUGUACAAUCUGCAAUUGUUGUUGUUGUCGUUGUCGAUGUUGUUGUCGUUGCUGUUGCUGUUAUCGUCGUUAUUGCUAAUCUGCUAUUCGCUAUUCGCCAGGACGAUAGCCAAUCGCAGGCUAAAUGCUAAUAAAAAUCCAAGAUGAUAACUCACAA